AACAAGAGACACAUAGAGACAUCUACCGAUCCGCGCACCAGUUUGUCCAAAAUUGUCCAAAGUGAUGGCUGCUCUUCGUUUGUAUUCAACAAAGUACACCGUGACACAUCAAAAGGCCUAACAAAUCAAAGUGGCUGUCGUAUGGACAAUAGUUUUUGCAAUCAGGAAUCAAUAGAGUGAAAAAGAAAGAAAACUAUUUUUACGUAUUUCGUUCAAGUAUAUUAUUAUAAAGAACAGCUCGAGAGAUCGUCACAAGCGAAUUGGUACUUACUUUUCGAUUGUCGAGAAAAAUGGGUAACAGAUCGAGUCUUCUUCUGCGUGAAGACGAAAUAGCGCAGAUACAAAAUGCUACUGGUUUUACGCCAAAUCAAAUUGAACGACUGUACAGUCGUUUCACAAGUCUGGAUCGUGGAGAUUGCGGAACGCUCAGUCGAGAGGAUUUUCUUCGAAUCCCGGAAUUGGCUAUAAAUCCGCUUGGUGAAAGAAUAGUGAAUGCUUUUUUCGAAGAAAGUGGCAACGAUAGAGUAAACUUUUUACAGUUUAUGCAAGUCUUGGCCCGCUUCAGACCUAUUAAAAAGAAUAGUCCUAAUCGAUUAAACUCUAGACAGCAAAAGUUAAAAUUUGCAUUUAAAAUGUAUGACUUGGACAACGACGAUUUGAUUUCUAAGGAAGAACUCCUCGCUAUCUUGCAUAUGAUGGUUGGUGCCAAUAUCAGUGAGGAACAGUUAACUAGCAUUGCAGAGAGGACAAUAGUGGAAGCUGAUGAAAAUGGAGAUGGUAUGAUAUCAUUUGAAGAAUUUUGUAAAGCAUUGGAACGUUCAGAUGUGGAACAAAAAAUGUCUAUAAGAUUUCUCAGUUGAAUUCAAAUUUUUAUAAAAAUUAUAUUAUAUUGUUAUUCAAGAUUCUGUGUGAAUCAAGAAAUCUGCACAAGUUAAUAAAGCAUAUACGUACA